GAUGAGGAAAUGGACUUAACUCAGGUGGAAGAAGAACAGCUGAAUUCUGCCCAAAGGUACAUGGGCAUGGAUAUGAAAGUGGAGAAUUGUGAGAGCCUGGUAUUUUGGGAUUCCGAAUCUAUACCUGAAGCUAAAGAAUCCUUUUCAAAGCAGGGACUUUAUGAAGAAGAGUCACCUGAAAGAGAGCUGAUCAUGGAGAGACUUAAAAAGGAUGAGUCCUGGGACUCCAGAUUGAUGGAAGCCUGGCAAUGUGAAAGCACAUUAGAAAGACAGCAAGGAAAUCAGAAGAAAGAUUUAAGGCAAGUCAUAAUUAAACGCAAGAAAAACUCUGUGGAGAAUUGUAAUCAAACUGGGGAAAGCUCAAACCCAAUUAAACAUCACAAUGUUUACUCAGUGAAAAAGCCUUGGAAGUGCAAUGAAUGUGGGAAGUCCUUCAGUUACUACUCAGCCUUUAUCCUACAUCAGAGAAUUCAUACUGGAGAGAAACCUUAUGUUUGUAAAGAGUGUGGAAAAGCCUUCAGCCGGAGCUCAUCACUUAUUCAGCAUCAGAGAAUCCACACUGGAGAGAAACCCUAUGAGUGUAACGAGUGUGGGAAGGCCUUCAGUCAUCGAUCAGCCCUCAUUCAACAUCAUAUCAUUCAUACUGGAGAAAAGCCCUAUGAGUGCAAUGAAUGUGGGAAGGCCUUCAACCAAAGCACAUAUCUAAUUCAACAUCACAGAAUCCACACUGGAGAGAAACCCUAUAAAUGCAAGGAAUGUGGAAAAGCUUUCAAUGAUACCUCAUCCCUUAUUAAACAUCAGAGGGUUCAUACUGGAGAAAAACCUUAUGGAUGUACAGAAUGUGGGAAAGCCUUUAGUGACAGGUCAGGCCUCACUCAACAUCAGAGAAUUCAUACAGGGGAAAAGCCCUAUGAAUGCAGUGAAUGUGGGAAAGCUUUCAGCUACUGUUCAGCUCUUAUUCAACAUCAAGGAACCCAUACUGGGGAGAAACCUUACAAAUGUAACGAAUGUGGGAAAGCCUUCAGUGAUCGCUCAGCUCUUGUAAGACAUCAGAGAAUUCAUACUGGUGAGAAACCUUACAAAUGUAAAGAAUGCAAGAAGGCCUUCAGCCAGAGCUCAUCUCUUACAAAGCAUCUGAGAACUCAUACUGGAGAGAAACCAUAUAAAUGCAAUGAUUGUGACAGAGCUUUCAGCCAGAGUUCAUCUCUUAUUCAACACCAGAAAACCCAUACAGGAGAAAAACACUACAAAUGUAAGAAAUGUGAGAAAACCUUCAGGCAGGGAGCUAAUUUUGUUCGACAUCAAAGAGUUCACACAUCAGAGGAUCCCUUUGAAUGUGACAUAUGUGGGCAAGCCUUCAAACAGAAGUCUACUCUUAUUGUCCAUAAACAGUGUCACCCUCAAAAAAAGCCAUAUAAGUGUCAUGACUGUGGAAAAUUUUUCCGCCAGAUGGCAUAUCUUAUUGAACAUAAGAGGAUCCAUACCAAAGAAAAACCCUAUAAAUGUAGUGAGUGCAAAAAAACAUUUAGUCAGAAUUCAACCCUUAUUCGACAUCAGUUAAUCCACAGUGGACAAAAACCCCAUAAGUGUCUUGAAUGUGGAAAAGCUUUUGGUCGGCAUUCGACCCUUUUGAGCCAUCAACAGAUUCAUACUAAACAGAACACUCACAAAUGCAGUGAAUGUGGACAGUCCUUUAGCCGAAGUGUAGAUCUCAUUCAGCAUCAAAGAACCCAUACCAAGGAGGAAUUCUUUGAAUGUAGAGAAUGUGGAAAAACUUUUAGUUUUAAGGCAAAUCUUCAUCGUCAUGAGGUCAUUCAUACCGGAGAAAGACCCUAUAGAUGUGACAAAUGCGGAAAAUCUUUCAUCUGGCGCACAAGCUUUAUUAAGCAUCAGGGUACUCACAGACAACAGAUACCCAUGUGAUACUAACUGGAAAAAGACCAUUUUGGGGAUCCAUGGGUGGCUCGGUGGUUUAGUGCCUGCCUUCGGCCCAGGGUGUGACCCUGGAGUCCUGGGAUCAAGUCCCAUGUCAGGCUCCCUGCGUGGAGCCUGCUUCUCCCUCUGCCUGUGUCUCUGCUUCUCUCUCUCUCUCUCUCUCUCUCUCUCUCUGUCUCUCAUGAAGAAAUGAAUAAAAUCUUAAAAAAAAAAAAGACCAUUUAAGGACCAGACCUUACCACUCUUGUAAUUAUGUGUAACUUCAUUGUUUUAUGAAAAUUAUUAAACAGGAAUUGAAAUGGUUUUGCUGUGGAGACCUUCUUUUUGUGGCUAACCUGGCUGUAGACAAGAAUUAAUAGAAUGUAAUAAGCAGUUGUCUGGCCUCCCUUGACCUCCUCAUACUUUCAUGACCCCAAGCUAAGGUGGAAGGGAGGCAUAAAAACCUUGUGGUUCCCUAGGUUGGAGACAAUUUGAUGCAUUAUGAACGAUGUGGGAGUGCUUUUCUUACCUCUCAUAAAACUGGGGGAGAAAUGUUUUUAAGUAAAAGAAUGGUGUAAAAAAAUGCUUUUCUUGGUUUUAUAUAGAAAAAU